AAGGGAGGGGAGUUUAAACUAAGUGCUAUGUUUUGGGACAGGCUAAUCUGCUAGCGAGCAGUGUGAGGAUCGGAGCGUAUUGUGUGAGCCAGUGUGCGGGGGACAGAUAAGGGAGCCAGCCAGCCCGCCAGCCCGACCCACCGACCCACCGACUGCCUGACUGCCUGUUUUAAUGUGCUGACUCUGGGGAGAUUUAAAAAAAAAAAAAAAAAGAACAGCAUAUUGACUCCUUAGACGCGUGCGGAGACCCUGGGCACAAACGCCACCACUACAGCCACAGCCAGCAGAGGUGCAUCAGCAGACAGGAGAGAAAAAGAGAAAAAAAAUAGAAUCACAACUCCAAAAUCAGAAAAUUAAAGAGGAUUUUUUUAUCCCCCUCUUUUUUCAAUUGAUUUCAUUUUUUCUUUCUUUCUUUUUUGUGUUGCCGGGACUGACUCCCAGCCGUAGAGAGGAGAAAAAGGGGAAGCAAAGAACUGAAGAGAAUCUGAAAAUAAAACGGACAGAACGAAAAAAGCACCGAAUCUGAACAUGUUCGAAAUAAGCCGAACACUCAACGCCGCUUUGUUGAGCAAUGAGCAUCUCAAGAUGAUGGCGAGGUACGGGCAGCUCUCGGGACUAGCAGCCAGUGGCGUGGGCUCCGUCCCCGAGACGCACUCGCCGCUAUUUCCCAGGGAUCUCCUGUCAUCGCCAGCCCAGAUGGGCUACAGGUCACCCCUGGGGUCGACAGAGACACAGUGGCGUCAGGCAGAGCUCCCACAGCUCCAGGGCUGGGCAGAGAAGGGAUUGCUGACACAGCCAAAGAUGAUCAUCAGUAACAUGGAGGCUCCAGUGACAAAUGGCCCCAGCGGAGGAGGCACCACAGCCAACGGGCCGACCACCAACAGCCGCGGCUGCCCCUCGCCCAUGCAGACUGGCCCAUCAAACGACGACAGCAAGACCAACCUCAUUGUCAACUACCUGCCCCAGAACAUGACCCAGGAGGAGUUCCGCAGCCUGUUCGGUAGCAUCGGCGAGAUUGAGUCCUGCAAGCUGGUUCGCGACAAGAUCACAGGGCAGAGUUUGGGCUACGGCUUUGUCAACUACAUCGAUCCAAAAGACGCAGAGAAAGCCAUCAACACGUUAAAUGGACUCAGACUUCAGACCAAAACGAUCAAGGUGUCAUAUGCACGACCCAGCUCAGCCUCCAUCCGUGACGCCAACCUGUAUGUGAGCGGCCUGCCCAAGACUAUGACUCAGAAGGAGCUGGAGCAGCUCUUCUCCCAGUACGGCCGCAUCAUCACCUCCCGCAUCCUCGUCGACCAGGUCACAGGUGGCUCCCGAGGUGUGGGCUUCAUCCGCUUUGAUAAGAGGAUAGAGGCUGAGGAGGCCAUCAAGGGCCUGAAUGGACAGAAGCCAUCAGGUGCCGCCGAGCCCAUCACAGUCAAGUUCGCCAACAACCCCAGCCAGAAGACCAGCCAAGCCCUUCUGUCACAACUCUACCAGUCCCCCAAUCGCCGAUACCCAGGCCCCCUUCACCACCAGGCUCAGAGGUUCAGGUUCUCCCCCAUCACCAUUGACAGCAUGACCAGCCUGGUCGGCAUGAACAUCCCCGGGCACACGGGCACCGGGUGGUGCAUCUUCGUGUACAACCUGUCCCCAGAUUCGGAUGAGAGCGUGCUCUGGCAGCUGUUCGGGCCCUUCGGCGCGGUCAACAAUGUCAAGGUGAUCCGUGACUUCAACACCAACAAGUGCAAAGGCUUCGGCUUCGUCACCAUGACGAAUUACGACGAGGCGGCCAUGGCCAUCGCCAGUCUCAACGGCUACAGGUUGGGCGACCGCGUCUUGCAAGUCUCCUUCAAGACUAACAAGACACACAAGUCCUGAACUUUGACAGGUAGAAGCAGUUGCCCCGCGACUUUGUCUGCUCCCAAAUUGCCCCCAACCUUUCCCCCCCACCUCCACCCGUCCCCUUAGCCCCUUCAGUCACUACCACUACCACCCUACUACAGCCAUCCAACACAGCAAACUCCAACCGGAACACAAAGCAACCGACAAACCAUCAAACAAAUUGAACUAGAAAUGGCUUAUAUUAUAACUUUGGACCUAUAAGCCAAUGUUGCCUAAGUAUUACAAAAAUGAAAUGAUGAAAAUGUUCAUGAGUUUUUUGGAAGCUCCUGUGAUAAUGCAGGCUUCUCUUUGUUGUAUAUUCUUUCUGUUUGUUGUGGUUGUUAAAAUGAUUUUUCUCUUCUGUGUAAACAGUAGCAAAUCCCUGUAUCCCCUUAUUUCAGAGAAGAGAAUGUCCUUUUUAGAUUGAAACCUUUUCUCUGUCUUGAUUCAGGAUUUGUUUUUCUUUUGUAAAUCCGGAUCCACUGUCGUUAGUAUUAUAUACCUCCCUGUCGGUGAAAGGGAGGGGGCUCUUUUUUAAAUUGGUGAACCAUUCAUUCAUUUUUAGUGUGUAUCAAAAACUUCCCCUUAUCGAUUAUAGAUGGGAUUCCAAGGUCCCAGUAACUCUGAUGUAGAAAAAAAAAGAAUUUCUAACAUUGUUUUUGUUUUGUAUCGCAAACAAAACAUAAUGUCUUUCCUCACAGGGGUUAAGGGAGAUGGGGCGAGGGAGGGGAUGGGUUAGCUUUCCUGAUGACACGUUAAGUAAUUUAAGAAAAAAAAAAUAACACUGUUGCCAAAGAGAAGAUCUCUUUGCUUGAAAAAAAUGCGUUUAGAAAAAGAUAAAAAUAAAGAGAAAGAAGAUCUAUUUUUAUAAAUGAUGAUUAAAAUAAUAAUUAUUGAAGAAUUUUUACAAGAAUCUGGAUUUGAAAAAAGAGAAAAAUAUUUUGACUGGCUAACUAGGGGGGGCCGGGGCGGGAGGGAGGGGGCACCACCUUGUCUUGUCGUUCUGCCGUGGUACUUUAUAGGAUCAAAGGUUGUUUGUUUUUUGGGGAAUCCAAGUUGGCAGUGAUUUUGUAGAUGGAAGGGAUGCAAACUGAGGCAGGUGAUUUUGGUAAUUUUUCACAUAUGUACUAGUGCGUAAUUAUUCAACAGCGAUACCCAAAAGGGAAGGGAGAGGGGUCUUUCCGAGGCCUAACCAUCCUUAUAGUCCAGAGCCCAAAGCAAGAAGACCCUUUGUCCACUUGUUUUCCUGUUUUUGUCAUCAGUCAAUAUGGGAUAUCAGUAAAUAGAUAUAUACACAUCUAUCCAUUUAGAGAGCAUACUAUACAUUAUCUAUAUCAUUUUCUUCGCUCUGCGUUUGUGAACUUACAUUUGAAAAGAACUUCCUUUUAGCGAUCAACAGUAGGUGCUAUACUACAUUAUUCACAUAUCUUAAAUAUCCAAGUUUGUUGUUCUAUGUGUUGUUUAAAGAAAAAAAAAUACUUCGAUGUUGGCAUUGAAUUGAGCUGCUGUUCUUUGUUUAAUAUUUGUUUAUUGUUGGCCCGAAAAAUCUGGUGAGACUAUUUCUUUGCUGAAUAACCAGAUCACCUAAAUUUGGGCCUUGUAAGAAUCACUGAACAAUUUUUCAUUUUGUAUUUUUUUGUUUGGCUUGCUGACUUUUAGGUUACUUGCUGAGCGUGAAACGUUUGUCAAAACUAAAUGAUGAUUAGCUAGUUCCGUUAGUCUAGAUAUUUGUUUCCUUAAAAAGGAUCUAUGACAACUGUGUCUUUAUUUGCUGUGUACAAAUAGAUGAUAUAUAUAUACAUAUAUAGUCUACAUUUGUUUUACAAUAUCUACUGUACUAUAUGAGUUGUCACUGUUCUUUUGUUUGAGCUUGUCUUUUUCAUAUGACAACUUAUUAUGAAGUGGUGGUUCAGUUACUUAGAAAAACUUGUGAGGAAACUGUUCAAUUGUUGUCAUGUUGCUUGUGGAGAAAAAAAAAAGAUUUGGAUUAACUUUCAGUUAGCUACCGCGGCAAAAGAAACCGAACAAAAGCUUAGAAUAUAACUGUAUUUGUUUAUCGGUUUAUUUACUUAUCUAUUUUUUAAACUAUUUAUUUUUCUAUUUAUUUGUAUUUAUUAUAUAUUUAUUGAUUAAUUUAUCUGUGUAUUUAUGUAUUUAUUUGUUUCAUUGUCUGUGUAUUUGCGUGAUUCUGGUACAGGGAGGGGGCGUUUCUGAGCAAAAGGGAACAAAGCGACUAGUGGAGAGGCUCUUCCAGUAGUCCACUGCACUGAGAGAACUUUUAGUACGUUUGUGCUUUGUACCAAUAUAUCAAAAUUACAAUAUAAAAAAAUCUAAAAGUCAAGAAAACUGAAAAAAAUGUCUGGAGGGUUGGGGGACGCUCUUCCCUUAUUACUAGAAACAGUUACUCGCUAUGCAUAACCUAGUUAAUAGUUAAAUUUGCUAUUGCUUUUUUCUUGUCUUGUUAAAAUGAAAUCUUUAGAUCUUUUUCAAUAAAGUUUAGUCUUAAUAGAAUGUUAUAAACAGUCGUUCUGGUUCAAUAUAACCUGUGAUAAGUUUGUGUAGUUCUAAAAAGCCACUCCGUCCACACCCUCCCUCCACUUACUACCGCUUUGUGAUGAAACCUUAUGCAAAAAUGUGGGUCUGAAAGCAUAGUUUUCAGUAAAACAUUUUAUAUAACAUUCAGCUCUUGGAGGCUUGGGCAGAUACAUUUUAAAAGGAGCAAAUGCCCAUUGUUGUUUGAGGGUCAUUCAUUGCACUGGACUAAAUCGGUCACCUAAGAGUCAAAACUUAUUUUUAAAAAUAUUCAUCAUGUUUUCAAAUGACAUACCAACAAAUCUUUAAAAGAAAAAAAGAGAAAUUGUUACCAUUGCACACCAACUGUUAUUUACAGCAGUUGUUGCUAUACUUAAGAAGUACUCUGGAGGUAUGAAAAGGGAUUGUACCGAUUCUAUAUUUUAUAUACUCUAAUAUGAUAUAUAUUAUAUAUUUUGAAAGGUGAAAGGUAAGGGAAUGGUUCCAGAAGUAUAAAUAUACGGAAUUGGAUUUUUUUGUUUGUUGUUAAGACUUGAAAACAUGAAGGAGGUGUGUGGAGAGCAUUUCAAACACUCAGACGCAUGCUCGCAUUAACUACAUCCUUCUCUCUCACACCUCAGUCAUCUGACAGGCCGGGUCAUCUUAUAUCGUCAUUAUUAUCCAGUCAUCAUCUGCGCCAUCCAAUCACAUAGUUUUCUAACGUCAUAACGGCAACAAACCAACCAACCCAACCACCCACCCAAACACCCACCCCACCCACCGACCAACCAGACCCCUUCAUGCUCCCCGCCGCCGUCGGGAGCUUGAAUUAUGCAACGACCCCAGUAGAAUGUUGUUCUGAUGUGUGAACUAAUUUCCUACACUGUAUGACUUUUGAACUCUUACGAUGCGUGCCUGUGUUCCGCCUAGACCCUGAGUGUGUGCACAUGUGUGUGUGUGUGAGCGCGCAUGUGUGCAUGUUUGUAUGCAUGUUCCUUUAUGUAGUUGUGUGUGCGUGUUGUGCGUUUUCCUCAUAUGUUUGUUAGCGUGGAGUACAUCCAGAUGUGUGUAUGUAUGUACAGUAUAUACAUAUGUUAAGUGUUUGUGAUUAUGUGUGUGUGCGUGUGUGUGUGUGUGCAUUUGGGUCCAUUUAGUGCACAUAUAUACAAACGUAUAUGUGUGUGUCUUUCCCUGAGUGCAUGUGCGCGCGCGUGUGACAGAGAUAGCAAGUGCGGUUUGCUCGAAAUGUGUGUGUGUGUGUGUGUGUGUGUUUGUGUGAAAGUGUGUGCAUGUCAGGGUGUUUGAAACAUGGGGCUGCGUCACCUCGCUCUAUGCCCAACCCCUAUGGCUCACACCAUCCCCUGUAGCGCCUUAUAGUGGCAGCCUGCCAGUAGGAACAACGCAGCCAGUAGUGGAGGAGGGAAGGUGAACAGAGGAACUAGGCUCUUCUUGUCAGUUUUCAUUUUCCUCCUGAGAUGUGUUUGUUUACUAUCUGAAAAAUCUAUAAACAAAAUCUUUAAAGACAAAAAAGACGAAAAAAUGUUCACAGGGCCCCAUGACCGCGGCUCUCUCUACUCUCUCCUGCUUAUGUUAUUACUUAACAAUUAUCAAUGAUGAUUAUUAUGAUUAUUAUUGCUAUUAUUCUUAGUAUUCUUAUUCUUAUUAUUAAUCCAAUUACUGCGAUGAAUGACUUCAUGUUAUCCUUGCUAGUUUAGGUCAUUUCUGAAACUGGAAACAAAAUAAAAAUCUUGCUGUAAAUGUUUGUUUUUUCCUUUUCAUAAAACUGUUGUGUUUGAAUUAUUUGUACUUUUGAAUGUUGGGACAAUAAAAUGAGGUGUUAAGAGCU